CUGUAAGCGAAUAAUUAAGCUUCUGUGGUCAUUACGAAAGAGAGCCCGCAAUCGAACAGCUGUUCGAUCGAGUAGUGUGCGCGUGUGAGUGAAAGAGAGAAGGGAAAAGGACGGGGGGAGUGUUAAAAAUUCGACUGCCAAUGCCGGCGUAAAAUUCUAAAGUUUUUUCCUAAAAUUUUAAUGUCUGAAAAACAUAAUUGAGUCGUGAUAUUUUGCUUGAAACUCUGGAGCCGGAGAUGGAGAUGGAGCAGGAGCAGGCGAUGGAUGUGAGGACGCAGGCGGAUCCCAAGGAGGCCGCCAAUCUGCUGCAACUCAUUAAGCAGCUGCUGGUGGAAAAAGCAUACGAUGGCGUGCGAAUGCUUUUCAACAGCCCCAACGAGGCCGAGAGGAACACCCGGCAGUUGCCACUGAUAGCCAUGGAUUUGUACCAUGAAGUGUGCUCCGGAAAUAUAAGCGACAUUGUGUACUCCGAGGAGCCGGAAUUGUUCGACUGCUCCGACGAACUGUUGAAGGUGCUGGCCAAGUAUGCCCCGUUGCAGGAGCUAAUGUUGGAGAUGAUGGAGCGCGUCGAGGAGAGCUCCAGCUUGGCAGUCUUUGGGGCCCAUCUGCGCGCCCUGCAGGUGCUCCUUCAGCGGCAGGGACGCGACAAGCCCCAGGCCGUGGAGUGGUGCCUCCAGAGUGUGUUCACUCGAAUCAAGGACCUUCCUCUGCCAAAUUAUCUCUCAGAGGGCUACGACGAAGAGCAGGCCCGACUGAUUGAGCAGCAAGAGCAGGUGGAGGACCUGCUGGCCCACUACAUCACCGUAGGGCUGUUUCGGCAGCCACUUUUUACUGAAAUCAUGGAGCAGGAUAUGCGCCCCAACGACCAAGUCUUCAGGGAUUGCUCCAUAAACCGUCGGAACGUCUUCACCUGUUUUUUCAUUCAGCUUCUGGGUCGCCCGCUGGCCCUGCUCCAGAUGAACAUCGAAAAGGAGGACAUGACACGCACGUACGUCAAUCAGGUGGUUGAAAGCCUUACGCAGGAUGCCAGCAAAGGCCUGGGUGAUCCCUACUAUCUGCUGAACCUGGUGGAAACGCGCGCCAGAUGGCAGAGGAAACUGGAUGCCUCCAAGGGUGUCUACGAAAUGAGCAGCCACAAUCUGUUCCUCAUCGAGGACAAGCUGCCGCUGCAUGCAGUAGCCAUGUACUAUCAUUCCCUGUUCGUCGGAAACCUAAUGCCCUUUACCGCACCCAGGAUCUACGCCCCGCAGUUUCUCUUCGAGACAAUUGCCUAUUUGGUGGAGGUUCUCCUUAACCAGCAGGAGCCAUCCCUCCAGCACUGUGGUCUCCGUUUGGAAGAAAGCAUUCUAAAUCUACUAUCGGAGCCUGUGCCCGCCACUUCCCUUCAGCUGGACGUCCACAAACGCUUCUGCGAGGCUCUGUGCAAAAUUGUGGGUUACUCCCCGCAGGUGUCUCUCCGCCAAAUAGGCCUAAACGUUCUCCGGCGGUAUAUCGUGGCAUUCGAAGAUCAGGGAAAGUACCUGAUAAUCAAAAACCUUCUGGAAACACUCCAACACGACGGACUGAUGGGCUAUCUUAGUGCGAUGUACAAGGAUCUGGCGGAUGAGUAUUUAAGAAAGGGCUCGCUUCUGCCAGAUGUCUUCAGCGGAGAGAUGUUCCGGGAGAUGCUGCUGCUGUGCGUCUGUGUCCUGCCUCACGAUGUUAAGUCGGACUUGCUGCUGAAUGCCGAUCGCCUCUGCAAUGCCCUCAAUAUUUUGCGAUAUUUUUCGCUGAGGGACGAGAAUAAUUUGACUGGAUUCUGGCACAUUCUGCCGGAAAUCGAGAAGCGAUUUCUAGUGCCGCUGGGCAAGGCCCUGGACUUCUCCAUGGCCCACUACAAGGCGUACAUGGAGCGGGUGGAGAACGGACAGAGUGCUUCGGACGAUGCGCUGAUGCAACGCCAGCUAAACAUGCUGGCCGUGAACAUCUCCAAUAGCGGAAUGGCCGGCGGCGAUGGAGACACCCACCUACCGGACAUUGGACGCAAGGAGAAACUCGAGGUGCUGGCCAGCUCUAUCACCAGCUUGGAAACCCUGCUGGCUCUCUACGUGCGGGCCAACGAAUGCAUCGAGCUGGCCGCUCGCAAGCGACGGCUCCCCUCGGAUGCCUAACUUAUAAUAUGUCCAUAAUGAAAGCGAAAUGAUUACCGUAAAUAGUAUGAGUAAACAAGUAAACAAAAACGAAA